CGUCACAGAUGGAGAGGUCAUAGUCACAUAAUAAACAUUCACCACUUUGUUGACGAAAAGUACUUUUGUAAGGAAGAAUCUGUGAUUAUAUUUCUUCAGUUUUUAACAAAAAAUGUCAACACCAGCAAGAAGACGCCUCAUGCGUGAUUUCAAAAGAUUACAAGAAGAUCCACCUGCUGGCGUUAGUGGUGCACCAACAGAUAAUAAUAUUAUGCUAUGGAACGCUGUUAUAUUUGGGCCACAUGAUACACCCUUUGAAGAUGGAACUUUUAAAUUAACAGUAGAGUUCACAGAGGAAUAUCCUAAUAAACCACCAACAGUUCGAUUUGUAUCAAAAAUGUUUCACCCAAAUGUCUAUGCAGAUGGCAGUAUAUGUUUAGAUAUUCUACAAAAUAGAUGGAGUCCAACAUAUGAUGCCUCUGCCAUAUUAACCUCAAUACAGUCUUUACUACAUGAUCCCAAUCCUAAUAGCCCUGCAAACAAUGAGGCUGCACAGUUGUAUCGGGAAAAUCGUCGGGAAUAUGAGAAAAAAGUUCAAUCUAUAGUUCAAGAAAGUUGGACAUCCGAUAGUGAAGAUGAGGAGGAACCUGAUAAGAAAUCGUAGCAUUUCAUGAAAAAUAAAAACAAAAACUUAAUUUGUGCAACUUACAGAUAUGUUCUCAUUUUGAGAAACAUAUGCUGAUUUUGGAGGCCUUUUCCCCCCUCCUUUUUGAAAUUGAAAGUGUUUUUUUUGAGUAAACUGUUGGCGUGAAGGAGGACAGUUAUUUGCCAACAUUUAAGAUUUUUUCAUUUCAGUAUCUGCACAUGUUAAUGUUUUUAAGAAAGGAAUUAGCAUGUCUUAUAGAUAUAAUCAUAUAUAUUGCAGAAUGGUUCCUGGAACUAUAUUAAAUAUUAUUGAGGAUGUCCUUUAUAUAUCAGUAUCGCAGUGAACUUAAUACGGAUAUGUAGUUUUCUUUUACGGUUAUUUUAUUUAUUGUUUUAUCUGCUUAUUUUUUCAUUGUGUUGUUUUCGUGUUGUUUUCCGUUUGUUUGAAAAAUUGAUCGUUAAUUGCCAUGCAGCAUCGUUAUAUGUCAUGAAUUUUGAUGGAAAAAUUGCCAUUCCAUGAUAAGUUUAUGUACAAGACUUACAUUGAAGUCAUGGAAUUGCCAAAACAAAGAACCUGUGAUAGCGAUAUUGCAUAUGGUGUGUACAAUUCCAUGAGCCACAAUUCUAAAUUGUUCUCCUAAUCUCAGUGGACAAUAUUAAUUAGAAUGUCUUGUGUCUCUCUACCUAGACAGGACAAUACGUCACUGAAAUUUUGCUUCUUUGGAGUAAAUACAGUCUUAUAUUGAAAUUCUGUUAUUGGUAUUUGCAGAUGGAAAACUUUGAUUGACACUAAUUUUACAAACCAAUUUGUUAUUAAAAGGAAAAUUUUCAUAACAGACCUGUUAAAAUUUUAUUCUGUUUCUUUCCAAUUUCUGAUCUAAAGUUUUGAACAUUUUAGUUUAUGAACAGUGCAAUCCUUUAGAUGCUAUACCAGACAAUGCCAUUGAAUUUGGAUCAGAGAAUCUAAGGUAGUAAGCAAAUCAAAAAAGAAAGAAUCAUGAUCAGAAGGCAUUACCUUUAUUUCUAUUCCUUUCAGUCUUUGUUAGAUGAACCCAAUCCUAACAGUCCUGCAAAUAAUGUUGCGGCCCAACUGUAUCGGGAAAACCGCCGUGAAUAUGAAAAGAGAGUUAAAGCAGUGGUUGAAGAAAGUUGGAUUUAUCUGGGGGAUUAAUCACCUUCAUCAUCACCUUUUCCAUCAUUUUCAUUAUUUUCAUUUUAUUUGUACUUUUGCCAUUUUGUAAUGCGUAUAUCUUUGUCAUUUCAAUUUGUUUGUGAAAUGAAUUGUUAAGGUUUGUUCAAGUUUCAGGAAACUUGAACUUUGUUGCAUCUAUAUGAUAUAGUUAUGGUUGGGAAAUGUUCUGUGGCAAUUUCUUCACCAUUUUGCAUAAGAUUCGUAUCAAUUGAAUUAAAAAUAAUCUUGAAAAUGAUAGAUGUUACUUUUUUGUAGACAAUAUUUCUUACAUUUAAAAAUGUUGCUUGAUGAAAAAAUGUGCUUUAAUUGUUAUUAAGUAAAUAUAUAGGAAGUUACAUUAUUGUGUUAUGUUAAGUUAGGUAGCAGAUUUGUUAAAGAGAUCUGGUUUUUCUACAUAGUCACCGGAGGUAAGGUUUGAUGAAUUUAUAGUGAGAUACAGUAGCUAGGUAAAGCAUGGGAUAGGGUUAAACUUUCUUGAUUACUUAGAUGCAUGCAUGAAUACAGGUGUUAAAUUUGUGUCAACAAUUUAUGAAAUGUUAACAUAGUCACAUUUGUUCAGGUAUCAAAAUUUGAAAUAUGUACCACUUUUAUUUUUGACCUUAAAUAUAUUUCAUCCUUUAUAGUUGCAAAAUAGAAAAUGUACCUGUUGUAUUUGUAAAUUUAUUAUCAAAUCAUGAUCUUAAUCAUUGAACAUUGUUCUUCUAAUGUUUGGUUUGGAUUUAAUUUACAAGAAAACUAUGUAUGGGAAAUUGUGAUUGGAUAGAUGAUGUCUAAAAUCAGUUGUUUCCUUAGUGUUAUUUUCUGAUUGAUAAAGGGUGCAACUAAAGUGUAAUAAUUGUAAUGACACCAAUUGAUGUUCAUGGACACUGUUGACUAGUACCUCAUUAUUGUACAACAGCACACUAGUUUACUGAAUCUCAUUCUCAGGUGGUGAUCAUUCAGCAGUAAAUUAUUGUAAGGCCCCUAAAAUCUGUAAUCAGAGUGGAAUUCGGGGCAUUUAGCAACAUCACAAAUAUUACAGAUGCUAAGAACAUUGAUGUACAAUAUUUCCUUACAUUUUUCAUCACUGCUUAUUACUUGUUUCUUAAUUAUACAUGAGAAGGAAGUUCCAUCCGUGUCAUAUUGUAGAAAAUAUCUGCACCUUUGAUAUUUUUUGGAUUAAUAUUGUGAAAAUAAUAAGGUUGAAUAUGACAGAAAUACAUGAUUUUUGGUUGGGAGGAAUUGGCUUUAAACAGAUGGACCUUUUUUUAUUCAAACCAAGUGUUCUCUCUAUAGUAAUAUUCACAUAUAGUCAUAGUCUUAUAAAUAUUGUAGGAGUGCCCUUUCUCAUUGUGACAGUUAACAGAACAGGAACAAAAAAAUCACAUUUCUUUUUAGCACAUAACAGAUGGAGAGUGUGUUCUUUAACAUCUUUUUUCCUUCUUGAGGAUGACUAGUAAAUUUUGUGAUUUAAAGACUUUAAAGAAUCACAUCAUGGAUCUACACUAGAUAAAAUUUUGUAGAUAUAUGCACAAUCAUUUAAAUGUGAAAUUUUCUUAAAUUUGUACCUGAAAGCAAGGCUGAAAGUUGCUAUUGUACUAGAUUGUAUUUUGAAAAUUAGAUUCGUCACAGAUGUUUUCGUCUUGAAAUUGUUGAUAUAUAUGAUGCAUUCAAUCUCAAACCCCCCCCCCCUCUUUCUCUUGAUACUUUCAGACAUUAACUUUUGUUAAGCAAGCAUUAACUAACUACACAGUGAUAUUAAUAAACUAGUGAUAUGUAAUGUCCAGAUAUCUUCUCCACUAAAUAGGUGACUGCAAGCUUGAGAGAAUUGUAUUUUUGCCAACUUCCUAGCUGUAUCUAAUGUGUGGACACAUAAAAAAUACAUUGUGAAAAGAAUUAUAGCUUUUGCUAAUAGGUUAUUGUCUUGUCAUAUUCAUAUUGUAAACAGUAUGACAAGUGUAUCACGUCAUAUCAAAUGUAAACAAGUCACUGCCGACUAGUACAAAGUCUGAUUAAUUUCACUCCACCCUACAAGCUCCACGCUAUUAUAUCAGACAAUGGAUCGGUAUCCUAGAGCUUUGAUUCUAGAUUUGUCACCUCAGCAGACUGUUUAAUAUAAGUUCUGGUGAUUAGUUGGUAUGCUUAUUACAAUGGCUAUUUGUGACUUGUGAUAUCUGACUAGAACUUAGAUGGAUCUGUGUGUGAUCUGAGAGUGUGAACUGACUAGGCUUCCACUGUCUGGUUUAUUACUACAUAUUUGUAUAGUGAUAGCGUGCGUGUAUUGUUGGCAUGCUAUCGAUAACAAUCCACUCAAACUAAUAUAUUGUAUCAACACAUUGUCUAGUGUGAUCAUUGUCUAAGUGCAAGAUGAAAUAAAUUUAUUUAAAU